ACUUGUGUUAAGGAAGUUUACGAUGUUAAACUAGAAAUUGUCAUCGUCCUUUCCAAUUUCUCGUAGAAUGAGAGAGAAUUGAAGAAAAAAGGAAGAGAUUUCAAAUUUUGUGAAGAAGCUUUCUGUUAGGCAAAACAUCAAACACGUAGCUGAACAGAUUAAUCCAAUCAAAUUUUGUCGGCAUAUCCAAACGAAUCUCGCGACACUUGGAUCGUCUGCAAAUUUCUCAAAUAUGCAAAGCAUAAAGAAAUCUAUACUGAGUCAUGUGAACUUGAGAAGAUCAGCUGAAAGAUGGUUUUUGGCCAAGGAUGAUAAUGUGCUUAUGCAUUUUAGAUGUCGGUGCUCUUCAGCAGGUGCCAGCUCCGAUCCGAUACUAGACCGAGUAAUCAGACGGGUCAAAAAAUAUGAUAAAAUUAAUGCAGCAAAGGUUACUGAAACAGCCGAUUUUCAAAAGGACUUAAACCUGGACAGCUUGGAUAGGGUUGAGCUUGUUAUGGCUCUCGAAGAAGAAUUUUCCAUAGAAAUUCCUGAUGAGAAAGCAGAUAAGCUUACUUGCUGUACCGAUGUUGCAAAGUACAUAGCCUCUGAAGCUGACCAAAAAAUUUAGGCAAGCCUUAACUUUUCAAUUGUUUUGCUGUUACUCUUAGAUUGCGGCAUACAAAGAAGUUUUGGUGGCUGAGCUGUUUGGAUCUCUACAAAGUCAGUUUGACUGAAAAUAAUUGAGAUUACCCGUCUCCUUUUCUUAUUUCUUUAUGUCACCCCACCCCAAUGUAAGCAUGACACCUGAUCAAAAAAUUCCCUUGCUUUUUCUAUUUUUGUACAAUUAAAUUUAUUUUCCGUUGAGUUAUGCUUUAUUGAAGAAUUGACGGAUGAAAAAUGAGAUGAUUUUGUCAAAA